AUAUUCCGGCCUUUUCUGGUUGGGAAAUCAUCGCAUAGAAUGGAAAGCUCAUCGGUGGCCGCCAUGGAAAAGAACUGCCGCGCCUGCGCCGAACACUCGCCCGUACUGGUGGACCUCUUCUCCGCGGACAUUUGCGACCCACCCGUUUGGGAGAUGCUGAAUUCCUUUCUCCCCGAGAACUGCCGCGUCAACCGAGAUGAAAUGCCGCAGAAGAUUUGUCCCCCCUGCCUGGUGGCCACCCAGAAUGCCUUUCACUUCAGGCACAAGUGCGAACAGAGUUUCCAGUACUUUGGCCACCUCAUCCAGCUGGAAAAAUCCGCUGCCACAAAACAGGGCAGAACUAGGAGCAGAAGAGGAGACCAGAAUGCUCUAGUAGAUUUCGAGAUGGUUGGUUGCGAGGAUCCGCUGGACACGAAUGUUUCUGGAAGGGACGAGGACCGGCUUGUUUUGAAAACCGAUAAUGAUUUGCAGCCAACGGAGGAAUUGCCAAUUAAUGAACAGGACGAUCAGCCGCUGCAGGAGGUCUUUGAAAUAACCAUGAGCGAUAUAAAAACUGAGGAAGAAUUGUCCAACGGCGAUGCCUUCGAAGAUGCCUUUGCAGAAGACGAUAAUAAUGUUGAUGAACCUGAAUGCGAAUCUGAUGAAUGGUCUCCUGACUGGUCGGACCAAGAGGAUGAAGAGGAGCUCUGGAUGCAAGGCAAGGGAGAACCAUCCACGACCAACGACAAGAGUAAGUCGCUCCUGUGCACAGAGUGUGGAGUGACCUAUUCCUCGCAGAAUGCGUUGCAGAAGCACAUUGCCAGGCACAAGACGCAGAAUGAUCCUCAAAAGCCGCACCUGUGCGACUUCUGCGGCAGAGGAUUUCGCACCAACCCCCAGCUGAUAUCCCACAGGCGCAAGCACACCGGAGAGCGUCCUUUCAAAUGUACCCUUUGUCCGAAAGAGUACACAAAUGCCCCUACCCUGAAGUUGCAUAUGCACACCCACGACGAGCAAAGAAAAGUCCACACGUGUCCUCAGUGUAAUAAAACCUUUUUCUCCAGGCGCAACCUUAGGGAUCAUGUGAAGCGUCACACUGGAGAAAGACCAUUUGAGUGUCCCGAAUGUCAUCAGACCUUUACAAAGAACUCGGGCCUUAAAUUGCACAGUCGUCUGCAUAUGGCGGAAAAGCCCUUUAAAUGUGAGCUCUGCGGCAAAGGAUUUGUUCAGAACCAGCAUUUGAUCACCCACUUGCGCGUCCACAACGGGGAUCGCCCGUUCAAGUGCACUGAGUGCGACAAGUCGUUCUUCGAGAAAUCCAACAUGCUGAAGCAUCAGCGGACGCACACCGGAGAAAAGCCUUUCAAAUGCGAGGAGUGCGGCCAGGCAUUCGCCCACAACCAUCAUCUGAAGAGUCACCUACGCAUCCAUACAGGUGAUAAGCCCUACAAAUGUGACCAGUGUGGCAAGGGCUUCUGUGCGAAUCAGUCUCUGGCAAAGCAUAUCCUUUGGCACGAGGAAAACAAAGAUCGUCCUUUCAAGUGUCCCAAAUGCCCCAAAGCCUUUGACUCACUGCAGAGUUUACGGGGCCACGAUAAGGCGCACAGAAAGCCAGUUGAGCCAAAAACGCUGCAUCAAUGCCCACACUGCGAUGUCAGGUUUGCCCUAAAGAAGACCUUGGACAAGCAUAUCGGUAGUCAUAAGAUUCGGCCACACCCAUGCCCGCAUUGUGACGAGGGAUUCUUCUCGGAGAAGAGCUUUAAAAGACACCUCCGCACGCACAAAUCGAAGGAAUAGUUGUUAUCUUUCCAUUUUGAAACAAAAUGUAUUAUGUCAUACUACCAUCUUCAAAUAUUCCUUCAAAAAAGUCGAAUUUUAAACUAACUUUUUUAAA